ACCUGUCUCGGAGCUUGAGGUACGGCUAGUCGGAGGUCGAGGAGAUCGUCAGGGUCGCGUCGAGGUCUUCUACAACGACGCAUGGGGGACGGUCUGCGACGACUCGUGGGAUAUCAAGGAUGCGGACGUUAUCUGCCGGAUGCUUGGCUUUCCAGGGGCCGAGUCGGCGCUUCUGUCAGCAUUCUUCGGAGAAGGGCCAGGCAGCACAGUCCUGGAUAAUGUUGGAUGUACAGGAGAGGAAGAUAACAUUGCGCAGUGCAUUCAUAAUGGAAUGAUGGUGGAGAAUUGUGGCCACCAUGAAGAUGCAGGCGUGGUGUGCUCUCCGUGGGUGCGUUUGGUGAACGGCAGUCACUACCGUGAGGGCCGGGUUGAAGUCUACUACAACAGAGAAUGGAGCACAGUCUGCAGCGAUGAGUGGGGGAUCCACGACGCAGAGAUCGUAUGCCAGAUGCUCGGUUUCCCGGGGGUUGAAGGUUACCGCGUCUCCGGAGAAUACGGCGCAGGCACGGGAAAGAUAAUACUGGACAAUGUUCACUGUAAUGGGAGUGAGGCGAAUAUCUUUGAGUGCGGCCACAACGGUCUGUUUGUUCACAACUGCAGACAUUCAGAAGAUGCAGGUGCCGUAUGCUCCUCUAGAGUCCGUCUCGUCGGUGGAAUAAACGGCAACGAGGGCCGGGUUGAGCUCUAUUACAACAACGCCUGGGGGACCAUCUGCGAUGACGAGUGGGGAAUACCGGACGCGGACGUGGUCUGCAGGAUGAUGGGUUUCUACCGGGCGGAGAGCAUCCCAUUGGCGGGGAGAUACGGACUUGGGCGGGGCCAGAUCAUCCUGGAUACGCUCAUGUGUAAUGGAACGGAGGAUAAUAUCCUGGAUUGUGAACAUGACGGUCCACUCAAACAUAACUGUGACCAUGAAGAGGAUGCAACUGUGAUUUGCUUAGCCCCGACCGAGGCGGCGAUGAUGACCGUGAAUAUCCGCCUCGUUGACGGAGGCAGCGCACGCCAGGGCCGCGUGGAGGUAGAAUACAAUGCUGACUGGGGUACGGUUUGCGACGACAGCUGGGAUCUGAGGGAUGCAGGCGUUGUUUGCCGCAUGCUCGGUUUUCCCGGGGCGGAAGACGCCCUCACAGGGGCGUUCUAUGGUCAGGGUACCGGGGCUACGGUCCUGGAUGAUGUGAACUGUGAGGGGAAUGAGGAGGACCUGGCGUUGUGUCGACAUAACGGGUUCCUGAUGGAGAAUUGUGGACAUAGCGAGGAUGCUUCAGUCAUCUGUUCUCCGCUUGGUCGUUUGGUAAAUGGUAACAACUAUCGUGAAGGAAGAGUAGAGGCGUACUACGAGGGCGAGUAUUUCUCUGUUUGUGAUGACUCGUGGGAGAUGGAGGAGGCAAGAGUCUUCUGUCAUAUGCUUGGCUUUCCCGGCGCCGAAGCAUUUCACGGCCUGGCCAACUUCGGAGAGGGUGAGGGCGACAUUGUCCUUGAUAAUCUCAACUGCGUCGGGUCGGAGGACAGUCUGUUUGACUGUGAGGGCAGCACACCAUUUGAUCAUAACUGCAAGCACAAUGAAGACGCAGGAGUCACUUGCUCACAUGGUGUUCGCCUUGUGAACGGAAGCAAAGCACACGAGGGCAGGGUUGAGGUCUACUACGCCGGGGUAUGGGGCACCGUGUGUAACGAUGAUUGGGAUAUGAAUGAUGCUAACAUUGUCUGCAAGAUGCUGGGCUACUCAGGAGCAGAGAUAUCUCAGCAGAUGGCCUAUUUUGGAGAAGGUAGGGGGCCGAUAGUUUUGGAUAACGUAGCCUGCUCUGGGAAUGAGUUGAGCAUCUUGGAUUGUCCUGCGGAGAAGCACUUCAGACACAACUGUGAACAUUCGGAAGACGUUGGCGUUGUAUGCAUAGGAGGAAGUACAGACCAAGAGUCCAGUCUGCCUGUGCGUCUUGCGGAUGGACCCAACACGCGAUCCGGCCGAGUUGAGAUCAAAUACAAUGGCGCCUGGGGAACGAUCUGUGACGACGAUUGGGACAUCAACGAUGCCGGAGUUAUAUGUCGGUCCCUCGGCUACCCUGGCGCAGACCAAGCUAUACUUCGUGGCCGUUUCGGACCUGGAGAGGGCGAUAUAGUUCUGGAUAAUGUGAAUUGCAGUGGUUCGGAGGUGAACGUUGAGUCGUGCUUACACAGUGACUUCCUGCAAAAUAACUGUGGCCAUGGUGAAGAUGCAGGAGUCAUCUGUCUUCCACAAGCUCGUCUCGCCGAUGGAUCAAGCUAUCGAGAAGGGCGUGUUGAGCUGUUCUACCAGAAUGCGUGGCAUAUGGUGUGUGAUGACGAAUGGGACGAGUAUGACAGUGCAGUGGUUUGUGACGGCAUGCUAAGUCUCCCAGGUGCGGACGGCCCUCAGACUGAUCUCUCGUUCGGCCCUGGGGAGGGGGAAAUCAUCUUGGACAAUGUUGACUGCCUUGGGAAUGAACCAAGUCUCUUCCAGUGCAGGAGCCGAGGAUUGUUUGUUCAGGAUUGCAGUCGUCUUGAAGCGGCCGGGGUCAUCUGCUCUCCUUCAGUUCGUCUAGCUAAUGGCUUCAGAGAGCACCAAGGUCGCGUAGAAUACUACUACAACAACCAAUGGGGCUCUAUCUGCGAUGACGAGUAUGGGUCCUGGAGCAUGGCAAACGCCAACGUGGUGUGUCGAAUGCUGGGAUUCGUGGGUGCUGAGAGCGCCCGAGGGAGCGCGUUCUACGGAGAGGGCGAUAGUGACAUUGUCCUUGCGAAUGUCCACUGCAGCGGUAACGAGACGAAUGUCGCAGACUGCUCGCGGAACCAGUUCUUGGAUCACCUGUGCGCCCAUUCGGAAGAUGUUGGUGUGGUUUGCUCACUCGGAGUUCGUCUGGUGGGUGGCAACAAGCCUAGCGAAGGUCGAGUCGAGGUCUUCUACCGCAACGCCUGGGGGACUAUCUGUGAUGACUUAUGGGACAUGAACGAAGCGAAUGUCGUCUGUCGCAUGCUCGGCUACUCCGGAGCUGCUGGGAUAACCGGGGGAGCGUCUUUCGGACAGGGCGAGGGCCUUAUAGUUCUGGAUAACAUGGAGUGUAAUGGGACUGAGGCGACGUUGGCUGAUUGCGAACACAACGGAUUCUAUGACCAGAACUGCGGGCAUCAUGAAGAUGCUGGUGUCAUCUGCAUUGAUCAAGUCACUGCUCCAUCACCACAGCCAUUAACAGAAGGACCAACUCUCCUUCCUGGUGACCCCUUGCUCCCCAUUGAAAUCACGACCGGGACAGUCCGCCUCCAGGAUGGAGCCUCCGACCGCGAGGGUCGCGUCGAGGUACUCCACAACGGCUCCUGGCAUCCGAUUUGUGACGAUACCUGGGACGAGCUCGAGGCUGACAUCGUCUGCAGGAUGCUCCACUUUCCUGGGGCGCUCCUUGCCAAACAGUACUCUCACUUUGGUGCUGGGAACGGGAGUAUUCUUCUGGACGACCUAGCGUGCUUAGGUAACGAGACUGAUCUUCUGUCCUGCAUACAUGGAGGGCUGUACCAAAACAACUGUGGAUCAAACGAACAUGCAGGAGUCAUCUGCCAAAAUACAGUGAGAUUGCAGGAUGGAGCACGGUCCCGUGAGGGCAGGGUGGAGCUCUACGUCGAUGACGUCUGGAAGACCGUCUGUGACGACGGUUGGGAUGUCAACAACGCUGACGUGGUCUGCCAGAUGUUGGGUUACCCCUCGGCCGAGGCGGCACCCCUGAGGGCGUCCUACGGGGCUGGGACAGGUGAUAUUAUUCUGAGCGGUGUGGGUUGUAACGGGAUGGAGUCAAGUAUCUUUGAAUGCGAUCACAGCGGACUCACCGUACCCAACUGCGAUCAUUCUGAAGACGCCGGGGUGGUCUGUUCACCGAACGUACGUCUCAGCAACGGGAGUCGCAGCCUGCAGGGCUGGGUGGAGUACUACUAUAACGGGACCUGGGGAACCAUCUGUAACAGUAACUGGGAUAUGCUGGACGCCAACGUCGUCUGCCGGAUGCUGGGUCACAGCAGAGCUGUAGCCUCCAUUAGCCAUGACGAGCUUGGACCAAGAGAUGGACCUAUUCUCUUGAGCGAUGUGGGUUGUACGGGUCAAGAGAAGGACCUUUCGGAAUGUCAUCAGGGCCGGUUCUAUCAGCAUGAUUGUACACACACUGACGAUGUAGCAGUAGUCUGUACAGAUGACGUUGAAGUCCGGCUUGUUGGCGGAAGCAGCGACAGCGAAGGGCGCCUCGAGGUGAACUUCCAGGGCUCUUGGGGGACCGUCUGCGAUGACGACUGGACUAUCGACGCUGCACACGUCGUCUGUCGAAUGCUGGGAUACUCUGGGGCUGAUGCGUUUCAGACGAACGCUUUCUUUGGGGAAGGCGAGGGCACUAUUGUGCUUGAUGAUCUGCGUUGUAGUGGAAACGAGACCAAUCUGGCUGAUUGCGGACAUCGGGAGAUCUUGACGAGUAAUUGUGGACACGCUGAAGAUGUAGGAGUAAUCUGUACAGAAAUAGUUCCCUCCACAACCAGACAGCCCGUUGUUCCUCUGGAGGUGCGUCUUGCAGGUGGUGAGAAUGACCGUAGAGGUCGCGUUGAAGUCUUCUACAACGGCAGCUGGGGUACCAUCUGCGAUGACUACUGGGAUAUCAGUGAUGCAGAGGUUGUUUGCCGGAUGCUUGGGUUAGGUCUAGCCCAGAGGGCCUAUGGUACUUCUGAGUUUGGAGCUGGAGAGGGGCCGAUCGUUCUGGAUGAUGUGGAAUGCUCAGGGUCCGAGAGCAACCUGGUAGAGUGCAGGCAUGGCGGACUCCUGGCUAAUAACUGUGGUCAUUCAGAAGAUGCUGGCGUUGCAUGUGCCGCCCCUGAGCCAUCUGGACCUCUCGAGAUACGAUUGGUAGGCGGUGCCAACGAGAUGGAAGGAAGAGUUGAAGUCCUCUACAACAACUCCUGGGGAACCGUCUGCGAUGACCAGUGGGAUAUCAAUGAUGGCAGCGUCGUCUGCAGAAUGCUUGGUUUCGCUAGAGCCAUCAGUGCACCAGGUGGAGCUGCGUUCGGCCAAGGGGACGGACAGAUCGUUCUGGAUAACAUAGAGUGCCAGGGAUAUGAGGAGAGUCUCCUGGACUGCCAGCGGACAGGCUUCCUGGAGCAGAACUGUGGCCAUUCUGAAGAUGCCGGGGUUGUGUGUGCAAAUGUGACUGCUACGGAACCUCCCAUCACGAUCAGCCCCAUGCCGAGACCCGUUGUCAACCUGCAGGUACGUCUUGUGGGUGGUAGCAAUAACCAAGAGGGGCGUUUGGAAGUCUUUCACAACGGAUCAUGGGGAACCGUUUGUGGUGAUCUCUGGGAUAUCAAUGAAGGAACUGUGGUUUGCAGGAUGCUGGGGUUAGGAAGGGCCAUGAGGACGUACAGCUCUGCAGAGUUUGGACCCGGUGAGGGACCGGUCGUCCUGGAUAAUGUGCAGUGCCUCGGAACGGAGGAGAAUCUUGGAGAGUGCCGGCAUGAUGCGUUGGAAGUCAACAACUGCCAGCAUUCUGAAGUUGCUGGAGUACAAUGUAAUGCUCCUGAACCAACUGGACCUCUCCAGGUGCGACUGGUUGACGGAGCCAACGAGAUGGAAGGAAGGGUGGAAGUCCUCUACAACAAUUCUUGGGGCACAAUCUGUGACGACCAAUGGGACAUUAAUGGCGGGAACGUUGUCUGCAGAAUGCUUGGGUUUGCUAAAGCCAUCAGAGCACCAGGUGGAGCUGAGUUUGGCCAAGGGAACGGAUCAAUCGUUCUAGAUGAUGUGACCUGUCAUGGACACGAGACAAGUCUAUUGGAUUGCCAGCGAAGGGAUUUCUUGGACCAGAACUGUAGGCAUUCUGAGGAUGCUGGUGUAGUGUGUUCAAAUUCAAACACCACAGUAGCUCCACCUACUGUGCCUAGACUGGAGGCAAGGCUUGUUGGUGGCGCCACAGAGCAGGAAGGACGUGUCGAAGUCUUCUACAAUGGCUCUUGGGGAACCAUCUGCGAUGAUCUCUGGGAUAUCAACGAUGCUCUCGUCAUCUGCAGAAUGGUCGGGCUGGGUCGAGCCAUACGGCCGUACAGCUCUGCACGGUUUGGACCUGGUGAAGGACCGAUCGUCCUGGACAACGUGGAGUGCCUCGGGAGGGAGGAGAAUCUUGGAGAGUGCCAGCAUGAUGGGCUGGGAGUCAACAACUGCCAACAUUCUGAAGAUGCAGGAGUGCGUUGUGCUGCUCCUGAACCAACUGAACCACUUGAGGUACGUCUGGUGGGUGGAGCGAAUGAGAUGGAAGGAAGAGUUGAAGUCCUCUAUAACAACUCAUGGGGGACCAUCUGUGAUGAUCUGUGGGACAUCAAUGAUGGGAGCGUCGUCUGCAGAAUGCUUGGUUUUGCUAGAGCCAUUCGUGCACCUGGUGGAGCUGCUUUCGGCCUUGGGGAUGGACCGAUCGUUCUGGAUAACAUAGAGUGUCAUGGGGAUGAAACAAGUCUUCUAGAUUGCCACCGAACAGGUUUCUUGGACCAGAACUGUGGCCAUUCUGAGGAUGCAGGGGUGGUCUGCACAAAUUCCAGCGCUACAGAUGCUACCCCCACGACAAUCCCUCCCCAGAUAAGGCCUGUAGUUGACCUCCAGGUGCGUCUCGUUGGGGGCGCAACAGAUCGAGAGGGUCGGGUGGAGGUCUACUACAACGGCUCCUGGGGAACUGUCUGCGAUGACCUCUGGGACAUCAGCGACGGAAACGUGGUUUGUAGGAUGCUGGGUCUGGGUGAGGCGCAGUUGACACGAGGGUAUGGAGCUGGAGAGGGACCUAUUAUCCUUGACAACGUAGAAUGCCAGGGGACAGAAGACAACCUUGGGGGAUGCCAGCAUCCAGGAUUGUUUGAGAAUAACUGCGGGCAUGCGGAGGAUGCUGGAGUCAAAUGUUCAGCCACUACUCAGGCCCCCUCUAGAACACUGCAGGUGCGCUUGGUGGAUGGCACCACGCCCAGUGAAGGUCGUGUUGAGGUCCUGCAUAAUGGAACUUGGAGCACCAUCUGUGACGAUUCCUGGGAUUUGCCCGAUGCUCAUGUCACGUGUCAUAUGCUGGGCUAUCCUGGGGCGGAGAGUGCACUCGCCAGUGGUUUCUUUGGCCCGGGUGAAGCAGGUAUUCUUCUGGACGAUGUGGAAUGUAUCGGAAAUGAAACGAGUCUUGAGGAUUGCCAGCACCCUGGGUUCUAUGAGCAUAAUUGUCAACAUUAUGAAGAUGCUGCGGUGGUCUGCAGACCCAGAGUUCGACUGGCUGGAGGAGGCAACUACCGCCAGGGACGCGUAGAGAUCUACUCCGACGGCACCUGGAGCUCAAUUUGCGAUGAUUCCUGGGACCUUAACGAUGCCAAUGUCGUCUGCCGCAUGCUCGGCCACGCCAACGCAGAGGCUGUCAGGACAGGGUCGUUCUUUGGCCAAGGGACAGGGGAUAUCAUUCUGGAUGAUGUGGAGUGCACAGGGACAGAGAGAGACAUCUUGGAUUGUCAGCAUGCAGGACUGUUCAAUAACAACUGUGGACAUUCAGAGGAUGCUGGUGCCGUCUGUUCUGAGAGAGUCCAUCUGGCUGAUGGAGCAACCCCUGGAGAAGGAAGGGUGGAGGUCUACAGCAACGGUACCUGGGGAACGAUCUGUGACGAUUCCUGGGACAUAGACGACGCGACGGUGGUGUGUCGCAUGCUGGGGUUCCCGAAGGCAGCAUCCGCACCCAUACAGGCUGCCUUUGGUCCUGGUCAGGGAGAGAUUCUGUUUGAUGAGGUUGAUUGUACCGGAGCAGAGAGGGGUCUGACGGAGUGCUCUCAUCGAGGGCUUGGUGUGCAUAACUGUGGUCACAGUGAAGAUGCGGGUGUUAUCUGCUCAAAUGAGCUGGAAAUCAGACUAGUGGAUGGUGAGAGGAACAACGAGGGGCGUGUCGAAGUCCUCUACAACGACGAGUGGGGAACUGUCUGUGACGAUGCCUGGGACAUACUUGACGCAGACGUCAUCUGCCGUCAGCUGGGGUACCCAGGAGCGGAGGAGGCCUACCAGUACGCUCACUAUGGGGCUGGAGAUGGCAAGAUUCUUCUGGACGAUGUGGAGUGCAGAGGCAACGAGACAAACAUCGCAUUCUGCCGACACAGGGACAUCACUACCAGCAACUGUGGACAUCACGAAGACGCUGGAGUACUCUGUACUGAAUUGGGUGGGCCUAUAGAAAACUUUGCCGUGCGCCUUGUGGGAGGUCUAAUCCCAAGCAACGGGCGUGUGGAGGUAUUCUACAAUGGUGCAUGGGGCACCGUGUGCGACGACGGAUGGGAUAUCAACGAUGCGAACGUUGUAUGCCAUAUGCUGGGCUACGCCAGGGCAGUCUCAGCCCCGUUCGGUGCAAGGUUUGGGGGCGGCAGCGGGCAGAUACUCCUUGAUGACGUGAACUGUCGUGGAACGGAAGCGACCCUGAGGGAUUGUGAGAAUAAUGGACUGAGCCAGCAUAACUGCGGUCAUUCUGAAGAUGCUGGAGCAGUGUGUAGCUCAGUCCUCUCAGACAAAGCCAGUCUUCCUAUCAGAUUAACAGGUGGGGUGACACCAGCGGAAGGUAAUGUUGAGGUCUACCACAAUGGAGUCUGGGACAACGUGUGUGACAAUACGUGGGACUUAGCAGAUGGAUUUGUGGUUUGUAGGCAAUUGGGUUUCAGCAGCGUGCGACGAGUCUCGCGUAACUCCCGCUACGGACAGAACAGCAACCAUUACAGACUCCUGGAUGUCCACUGCACCGGAGCAGAGAACGAGCUUGGGGAUUGUAGGAAUGAUGUUAGCAAUGCUGAAGAUCUUGAAACCUGUAGGUAUGGGACGGAUGCAGCAGGAGUUUCAUGUGCCACAGCAUCUGAUGGAGACGUCCGCAUCGUAGGGGGUCCAAACUACCUCAUGGGGCGUGUCGAGAUCUACAAUGAAGGGUCCUGGGGAACCGUGUGCGACGACAACUUCGAUCUCAACGACGCCCACGUGAUCUGUCGUCAGGCCGUCUCCGCGGAGGCCGUGACCUUUGCUCCCAACGCUUUCUUUGGCCCUGGAAACAAUAGUAUCGUUUACGACGAGCUGGAUUGUGGGGGUUAUGAGACUAACUUGGCGGAGUGUCCGCGGGGUCUCGGGAGGCAGGGUGAUUGUACGCAUGCUGAGGAUGCGUCGGUGGCUUGUCAGAUACCAGUCCGACUUGUUGGAGGAUCAGGCCCUCAUGAGGGGAGGGUGGAGGUGCGUUACUUCGGAGGAUGGGGAGCCGUCUGUGACUCAGAAUGGAGUGUGGAGGACGGUGAUGUCGUCUGCAGGCAGCUCGGGUACGAGGGCGCAGCAGAGGUGUUCUACCAGGCGCACUUUGCCCCUGGAGAGGGCAGGGUUGUCCUGGAUGGCCUACGUUGCCAUGGGAACGAGAGCCAGUUGAUGCUGUGCCCGCAUCAAGGAAUCCUUACCAAUAGGAAUGGCUGCACCAAUGACAAUGAGGCGGGAGUGAGAUGCAGAGAGGAACCUGAUACCACCACCCCUCCUACCACAACCGGCUACAACCUUGGUGACAAUGCUACCACUUCCAGGGCUAGGCCUACCACCACCACCACCACCACCACCAUGCCCCCUACCACUGCCCCAGUCGACCCCACCAACAAUGGAAGGGUGCGUCUGGUGGGCGGGGCUACACCCAACGAGGGGCGUGUGGAAUGGAACGUCAAAGGCAUCUGGGGGUCGGUCUGCGAUGACUACUGGGACUUAAAGGAUGCCACCGUUGUCUGCCGGGAGUUGGGAUUCGUCUCGGCUCGUGAGGCGGUGAUGCUUGCAGCCUUUGGGCAGAGCAGCGGACCGAUAGUCGCGGAUGAUGUCCGGUGUCGCGGUACGGAGGAGAGCUUCUCUAAUUGCACCAAGAGUACUUCCAAUAACUGUGGGCAUUCUGAGGAUGCAGGAGUCAUCUGUAACACUGAACCCAACUCCUACUCUCCUACCCUCAUCGAACUGCAAUCCAACGCGACUUUUGCUUCAGGGACGUUGGGCGUCGGUGGAACCAAUGAGACGGCAGCCCUCUAUGUAUGCAGCGAGGGCUUUAACUUUGUGGAUGCCACAGUGGUAUGCCAUGAGCUGGGUUACCGUAGUGCUGCGAGGACGUACGAGAGGACUGCAGAGCGAGGUGACGCCAAUGCAGCAGUUAGGUUUGAAUGUGUCGGCAAUGAGAAGAUGCUUCGGGAAUGCUCGACUGCGGAGUAUGAUCCGGUGGAUUGGUACUGCCAGCCGUUUGAGGCAGCAGGCCUGGAUUGUUUCCCAGCAUAUGACGGCGUGUCCGUAGCCCUCAUUGGCGGUAGCGCUCCCUGGGAGGGUCGAUUGGAAGUGACUAUCGACACCGUAACCGGAACCGUAUGUGACGAUUACUUCAGCAUGGACGACGCCCACGUAGCCUGCCGGACUCUCGGGUAUCCAGGCGCCGUCUCGUUGCCCGGUAGCGGUGUGUUCGGGGCAGGAACUGGAGAGAUCUUCCUGGAUAAUGUCGAAUGUUCCGGAGAUGAGGAUCACAUUCUGGACUGCGUGCAUGAUGGUGUAGGGAUUCAUAACUGCGGUCAUAGCGAAGAUGUCUCUAUCAUCUGUGAUGGGGGUGGUGUGCGACCCACAACAGCAGCCGACAAGAUUCGCCUGAUGGGCGGAAGCGUCCCCUCUGAGGGGCGUGUGGAAGUCCUCCACAACGGUGCAUGGGGAACGAUCUGCAACGAGGGCUGGGACAUCAACGAUGCAAACACUGUCUGUCGUAUGCUCGGCUUUACAGAUGGCGCUCUUCAAGCCGUCACGUCUCCCGAGUUUGGCGAGGGCUCCGGUCCCAUCGUGUUGAGCAAUGUGGCUUGCAAGGAAAAUGACACUAACUUGUUGGAGUGUAGCUUUCCACCGUUCGGCACGCAUACAUGUUAUUUUACAAGGAUGGAUGCAGGGGUACGAUGCAGUAUUGGAGAAGUUAUACCCAACCCAUUAGCUGUAGAGGUGCGUCUGAUCAACGGUAGCCGAGCAAGCGAAGGGCGAGUAGAGGUCUUCUAUAACAACACAUGGAGCUCUGUAUGUGAUGAUGCUUGGGACUUACAGGACGCCCUCGUGGUUUGCCGGCAGUUAGGCUACCCAGGAGCAGCAGCAGCACCGUUACGUUCAAGGUUUGGUUCUGGUGAUGGAGUCAUAGUCGUGGAAGACUUUGGUUGCCGUGGUAACGAGACAAACUUGGCGGAGUGUGAUCAUGACCCCUGGACGAUACAUGACUGCACCCACCAGGAAGAUGCUUCAGUUGUAUGCCUCGAAGAUCUGUCAGCACCAGUGCGUCUUGAGGGAGGUAUCUAUCCCGGUGAGGGGCGAGUAGAGAUCUACCUUGAUGGCCAGUGGGGGACGGUUUGUGAUGAUGGCUUCACACGUACUGAAGGAGACAUUGUAUGCCGUCAGCUUGGCUAUACAGGGGUUCUCAAGAUUUUAUCGGGUGAACACUUUGGGGGUCUGGAGUAUCUUCCCAUCUUGCUUGACGAUGUGACAUGUACCGGUGACGAGACUUCUCUAGCCAUGUGUACGCAUAGAGGACUCAGGGAACAUAACUGUGUACAAUCAGAGAAUGUUGGCCUCAUCUGUAACACAUCUUCAGCAUAUUUCCCCAAUGCUCCAGUGAGAUUGAAUGGAAAAUCAGAAGGAGAAGGGAGAGUAGAAGUCUACAAUGCAGGAGAGUGGAGGGCUAUCUGUGAUACUAAUUGGGACCUGAAUGAGGCCAGCGUGGUAUGUCGUCAGCUAGGCUAUCCCAGGGCUGUUAUAGCAGACACAGGUUCUUAUUACGGAGGUGAGCCCAUAGGCUUCUGGCUGUAUGACGUCAAGUGUUCUGGGACGGAGUCUAACCUCGGCCAGUGUAGCCACGCUGAGUGGGGUCAAGGGUCAUGUGUCUUCAGCCAAGAAGCAGGGGUGCUAUGUUUUCCAGCAAGCAGCGGUGAUGUCCGUCUAACCCAAGGCAGGAGCAGUCUAGAGGGAAGGGUAGAGCUCUUCUAUGAGGGUGAAUGGGGCACAGUGUGUGAUGACAUGUGGAACAGACAAGAUGCUGAUGUAGUAUGUCAUCAACUAGGCUUCGGCCCAGCCGCUGGUGUGUUCAGUGGGGCUGUCUUUGGUGCAGGCAGUGGACCGAUCCAUGUAGAUAACCUAGAAUGUACUGGGAACGAGUCUAGGCUGACGGACUGCAUGAGGAGCGAGAUUGGAGAGCAUAACUGCGGGCAUCAGGAAGAUGCUAGCGUGUCCUGUACUUUACCAGUGCGUCUUUCUGGCGCCAACUCCUCCAGCGAGGGCCGCGUCCAAGUCUACUUCGAGGGUGAUUGGGGCAAGGUUUGCCAGGAUGACUUUACCGACAUCGAAGCGACGAUCGUCUGUCGCCAGCUGGGCUUUGCCGGCGGGAACCACACCGAUGCUACCCAGUAUGAUGCUGUUGAUGGUCUUUUCCAUUUGGACAAUGUAACCUGUAGAGGUGAUGAGCUGAUGAUAAGCACAUGCCAGCAUAAUGGAUGGGGCAAGCAUGAUUGCUUCGAGGAUGAGGACGCGGCGGUGGUGUGUUUUUGAACGCCAUCUCUUAAAGCCUAUCUGUACUAGUUUGUUCAUAUUCAGUACAUUUAGAUAGUGUAAAGGAUUUCUAGAAUUGUGAAAAUCCAUCAGGGAAAUGUAUUAUGAAAACCAAUGAGAAUUAUCUUUAGAAAUGUUAUACUGAUUUGUAAAGGCACUCUAAUCGGUAUGAAAGUAUUAUGUAAUGGGCAAAGAAUAUCUGGAACAUGUAACAUUUGCUCAGCAUUAGCACAAGUAGAAAUAUCAAAUCAACUAAUCUAUUUAUUGUAACUGACUUGUAGACUUUGCUUGAAUAAACACGUUAUUUAUCCAUGUUAACUUUAAUUAAUACCAUUAUACAACAUGUAUUUAGUAAAUAUUCAGGAUUUGAUGUGUUAUCUUGGUAUUAUUGUUAAAUAGGCAACCACCUUUCGCUCUGCGUAGUAGCGCGCUUCAUAGCAUGAUACGUUGGAUCUCUAAAUCCCACCGCAUAGACACUACACAAAAGUGUGUGUGCAAAUCAGUGAAAGAGUUGUUCAGUCCAAAACCAUGAUAUAGCCCUUUUCAUUUCUGAAUAUGUUGAAAAUGUCUUAAUAUUUGUUAUCGAGUUGAAAAUGAAAUCUCAUGUACAUUAUUGUAUAUCGAUUGCUUUGAGACUCUAGUUCAUCAUGUGCUAGAUUUAAGAUAAAUAUGGAAAUAUAAAUGGUGAUGCAUGUUAAACACAAUACGUGUCCCAAGAACAUUAUACAUGUACAGGUAUGUACAAGUAACAACUAAAUUAUUCAUACCUUAUGUGAAUUUAAUGUUUUUUGUUUUUUCGUAUAUAACUAAACUAGAAUGGAAGAUGGAUUGGUAGAGUAAGGGCCUUAGUUGAAUAUUUUAGAUGUAAGCUUUUACUAUGUCACAUUCUCAAGAAACAUAAAUGGGGACAAAUAAAUUUUUCACAUACUUAAAAAUUUACAAAACUUUGCA